AACUCAACCCAUGCAUUGUAGAUUAUUUGGAGUAUCUCUCUCUUUCCAUCAUCUCAUCUCUUGUUCAGUUGUUUGAAAUGGACAAAGAGGAAGCAAACGCAUAAGGGAAACUAACACUAGAGGGGGGAGAGAGAGAGAGAAAUUUUGUGCGUCAACGAGUUCUGCAGUUUCAAGCAGUUUGCAGGCUUAAAAGUGGUUUUGGGUUCUAGACAGAUAGCAGUAGAGGUAGCGAGGGCUUUGUUGCAGACAUGGCAGCAGUAUUGGAACCGGAGGAGACUGGUGGCAAUAGGUCAGGUCUGAAGUUGCAACGUACCGAAUCUUUACCUCAUAAGAUGAUCACGACGACGGUGCAUCCGCACCAUCAUAGUCGUACAUUCCCUUCUCCCCUGACUGAGAGCGAGAGCGGUAGAGGUGGUGGGGGUGGGGUUAGUGGUCAUGGCCCCACCUUUUAUAGGAGAAGCAACAACGGGAUCAGGUCUAUGAGCGAUAUAUUCGAUGCCGUUGCUGGAGGUGGUGGUGCGGCUGCUGCUGCCGCUGCAGUGGCAAGGACUCUGCAGCCUUUUAACUCCACUGCUUUCAAAUGCCCAGAAGGGAUGGCUGCAUCUCUGAGGUUCCCUUUUACAUCGGCUCAGUGGCAGGAGCUUGAGCGUCAGGCUUUGAUCUACAAGUACAUGAUGGGUUCUGUAGCUGUUCCUCCUGAUCUCCUCAUGCCCAUUACCAUAAAUCUCUCAGACCCUGUUGUUUCCCAUUCUACCGGGGGUCGAGGUCCUUGUUUCAAUCUACGAUUCUCCAACAGCACAGAUCCUGAGCCGGGGAGGUGCCGAAGAACAGAUGGGAAGAAGUGGCGGUGCUCAAGAGAUGUGGCGCCUGAUCAGAAGUACUGUGAGCGGCACAUGCACAGAGGUCGCCCCCGUUCAAGAAAGCCUGUGGAACAGCAACCCGAGUCCAACAACCUCAACACGCGCUCACCAGCAUCUGCUUGCCUUUCUAAUCUCACAGCUAAUACCAACAAUAACCCUGAAUCUUCUUUGUUUCUCUCCAAGGUGUCUCCCUUCCAAAUUAAUAUCUCUUCGUCGUCGAACAAGGACCCCAGGUGCGCGGAGUGGAUGGCGAAGGGGGAAGCUGUUUCUCUUGCUGCAUCUGAUCAACAAUUGCAGCAAUUUAUGAACUCCAAAGUAGGAUUGAGGACGGAAAACAAUACAUGCAAUGCCUCUUUAGCCUCGUUAGAUGGAUCGUCGGUCUGCAACCAGAGACAAACACCGAGACAGUUCAUCGAUGGCUGGUCAACUGCAACAAGAGAAAACAUAACAGACACCAGCGGCAAGUCCUCUGUUUCUUUAAAUGGGAAACUCUCACUGUCUUCUCUAUCCUUGUUCAUGUCUGGUGGGAGUGGGAUAGGGGAAGAGGUGGAUCAGAUCAACAUAGGUCUUGGGGUUAUGGAUCCUGAACGUGACAAUGGUGGAGAUAUUGCUAAGACUCAACCUUUAAGCUGGAUGAACCCUGUUUUAUGGGUGCCUUCUUCUCCACCAGGUGGACCUUUAGCCGAAGUCUUACUACCCAGCAGUGCUGCCUCUCCAAGUGUAGGAUCGAAUGUAGCCUCUCCUCCAAGUUGCUAUAGAAUCACAGGAAAUAAUAGCUCAUGUGGUGGUGAUCUUAAUUUGAUGAGCGACGGUUGGGGCGUCAGUAGCGAUGCCAGUAGCCCUCGGGCAACAAGCGUUUCAUCUCCGUCUUGUGUCGUGCAGAAGGCCCUCGCAUCCCUCUCAGACAGCAGUGGUUGCAGCAGCCCCACGUUUACGACCGGUGUGCCCAAGUCAGAGAUUGCACUCCCGUGGUUGAACUUGAACCAGAGCAACUAACCAUCUCUGUUAGGGGGAAGCAGAGGGUUUGUCUUUUCCCCACCUAAAAGAGGUGUUUCUUUUUCUUUUCGCUUUUAUUUACUUGUUAUUCUCGCUUAAUAGGAUCUUUUGAAAUUGAAACAUUGAUGCACCGUAAUUAUUGUUCUCCCUUCUUUUUUGGGUGGAGCUGGGAGAGGGUGUUCCUUCAAAUUUGUAUGCGAAAGUGGCGAAAAUCAAACUCCGGCUGCCUAUGUUGAGGACAACUUCUGCCGUUCUGCGUGACUGACUGACUCUGGCCUCUAAGAUUGUAAUGUCUAUUAUGUUAUUAGCGAAUUGGGAUCUUCUACCAA